ACAGUAAUUGCUAACUAACGUUAGCUAGCUGAGCUACUCUAUUUGAUCUGAGCCACUAGUCUUAUGACAAACAAUAGGCAACUCCAUGUACAGAUAAUUCAUGUAUUUCAAUCAAUGCGCCCUUGCAAGUGGCAUAUUUGCCGUCAAUAUAGACUUCAAUACAUAGUUAGCUAGCAAGAUGAUUUGGCUACUUGGUGGUACUCACUAUUCGUUUAUGUUGUGUGCCAAGUCUCAUUGGAUCUAACAUUACUGCAGUGAGAUGCAAGUUAGGAUUGUCAGGUAGCCUGAGGCUAGUUUGAUAAGCUGUAUGGGGGUAAUUCAGGACACAAAGCACCCAUUAGGUGUUGUGGUGUAAUAAACAGUCGUGUUUACAUGCAGACAUAGGGAAGUAGUGUGGGUGGACUCCCUUGGUCAGUUGGUAUAGGCCUAACGUUACACUUGGAAUCACCACUAUCUAAUAUUACAGAACGUAUUUCCUCAGAAUAUUCCCAUUCUCACUUUGAUUUAUAGGCUUAAGGAGAUAGGCCUGGUCAGCUACUUGGAAAUUACUAGGUCUAGCCAAACUAUAUUUAAGUUGACCCUGGGUGUCACCCAGAUAGCUAGUUUAGUUGGUGUGAGAUGGAUGUAGAUAUAAAGCCAGAGGAGGAGGAGGUGGGGAUAUCCCCAGCUGUCAUUUGGUCUGACACUUUUGAUGCAGGUUAUUCAUGUGCCGAAAAUAGAUAUGACACAGCAAAACAACGUCUUAUUUGUAAUCGGUUAGAAGAUACAAAAUCAAAUGAUAGCGAGAUUAAAAUGAAAUCAACAAAAGUUGGUGCGCCACUUCAAACAGCUGUAAAUGUGGGUGGUAUAGGUGUUGUUCGUGUUCACACAGAACAGGAUAGCCCAAGCACCUCUGUAGGGAAUUUAAUCAAAGAGGAGCCAUGUUUUUACAUGUCACCCAGUGAUAUUCAGAUUGGAAAAGUAUGUACCUUGUCUCGGUCUGUCCUGGUCAGCAACAUUAAACAGGCAAAUGUGAUGUCCUUUGCAGAGAAAGUGGUGAAAAACUGCUACCCCUUGUGUAAAGAAAUAGGUGUGGAAUUUGAUGUGAGAUCCAAACCACUAUCCAAAACAAAACUUGACUCACAGUUACUGACUAAUGGUGUAAUGUAUGAGGUUCAUAAGUUUGCGAAAAAUACAAAAAGGAGUUAUACGUAUACUGUCUAUAAUAUUCUGAAAUAUAAUUUUAAUGUAUGUUUUCAAAAUCAGAAACGCUGUCAAGAUGCCUUACGUAUUGCAUCUAAACUGAAUAGAAUUGCCAAACGGAAACAUGUCGCAAAUAAAGACUUUUCAAAAAAAGUGUUUAUAAUACCGCUUGUGCCUAGACAAUACAAGGAAAAAGAACCUACUUCACCUGCAAGAUUCUCAAAAAGACAAUUGGAUUUGAAAAGGAUACAAGAGGCAAAUGAUACAGAGGAGAAGAGGAACUGUCAGAAGAUGGUUAGCAAGACCGGUUUGAAAAAUCUGGUCGCUGAUGCAAGGACUGUAUGGUCUCUGCAUGAUGAAGAGAUCAUCUCUAUCGAAACAGAUGAAACUGUCAAGCUUGGCCAAGAUAAUGGACCCACUGACUUCUGCUUAAAGGAGUCUGAUGUUCACUCUGGGGUCACAGAGCAAACCCCAUGCCCAGAGAACUACCAAGUUGACAUUUGCAGGAAAAUGAUCAAUGAAAUUGUUACGAGUGGUGAAAUGCAACAGAUGAGAUGGAUUUUUGUACCUUUUUCAAACUGUUUUGGUGUUGGGACUGGUUCGGAAAAGAAAUUUCAACAAAUCCUUGCUGAAUACAGAUCAGACAUCCUACCACUGGUAGUUGAGAAACAUUGUGGCUUUAGUUCCACUGAAAAGACAAUGAUGUGCCUUGUAAGUCAGCUCUUCUGUGGCUUACAUUUGAUUGAUGGCUUAGCUCACCAGGCAAAAACAACUCUUCUACUUUGGGAAAAUAUGAUUUUAGGAGAUAAAGAAGUAGGAGUCCAUAGCUCCCCUAACAUUGGGACAACAGAGUUGGAGUCUGGAACAGUGCGUUUGGUGAGUUCUGUGAGUGAUGCUGUGCAAGAGCUUGGAUGGGCAGAGGACGGUCAGCUUGUUCCGUUCGAAAGCUUUUUGACCAGCAAAAAAGAAUUUGAAGAAGUUCCUUUGUCUCUAUCCAUUGGACACAGAAUUGAUGGUCUGUUUCAUAAUUCUGCUGGAGUGUGUAGCAUCCAUGAUGAUUUGGUUGAGUUUACCAGUACGUACGGAGCUGAGAGUAGUUUGCUUGCUGCAGUUGUUGCUGAUUUGGAGGUUCAACAGUUCAAGGCCGGAUGCAGAGCUCUGGGUCUGGUUUCCAAGCUUAUCAUUGAUCCUCUCUGGAGAGCCUUAACUUUGAAGGGAAACGUGUUGGAGAUGGAAGAAAGAUACCAAACCCUUGUUACCAAAUUUAAGGAAUGGCAGGAAGAUGGGAGAGACCUUGUUAAAGGAAAUGCAUGCUUGUUUGAUGACAUUGAUGUACCCAAGAACCUUGUGUUUGACAGGCUUACCAUGUGGACCGACACAGACUUUUUUGAGUUGACUGUUCAGAUUGUUGAGUUGAUCCUAGCCAGUUUUCUGAAGGUAUGUUCUAUGAUGCUUCCAGUCGAACCAGAGCUCCUGUCAAAGAAAAAUGAUCGAUUCAGGAAGGAUUUGGCAAUAUUAGAUCAAUUGCAAAAAGCUAAGUCAAAUGCAGUCAGUAUUGCCAUUGAAGGCAUGGACAUGUGCAAGAAGAAUCACACUUGGGAAUGGCUGUCCUUUUUGGAUGAACCAAAAAUAGUGUCAAUGAGGAAAACAUUCCAGACAGUGUAGGCAAAGGAAGAAGAAAAGCUCUCUGCCACACCUGCAGAAGAAUGGAAAUGGUAAAGGAAUAGACAUGAAAGACAGGAUAUGUAUUUUUUAAUUUAUCUAUUUACUAAUGAACCACAGUGCAGAACCUUUUAAUAGCAUGGCAUCUUUCAAAAAAUGCAUGGAAUGUGCUAUUUUUUCUAGCACCUUAGCUUUUGUGUUUAGACUGGUGAAAGAUAAACAGCAAUGCAACCUCAGAUGAGUUCAGACAAGUAGAUACAAGUAUAAUAUAGUUACAUUAUAUACCUAUUUUGUGGUAUACUGUAUUGCCUAAAUAUGUUCAAACGUGGUGUCAGUAAAUGUUGAAUGUCGAAUAACGCUUAUCCAUUUUGUACCACAUGUGAAUGGUUCCACGUGCUUACCUGUUUUUAUAUUGUUUGAAAUCCAAUGUAGAGGUUUUUCAGGAAGUGUGCUGUCAGGAAAAGUGUAGAGGCAAUAGUUGAAUUUGCAGAUUCCCUUGGCCUUCUAUUCCCUUUUGAUGCCUGGUCAUGUUUAUGAAAAAAAGAACAUGAUCAUUUUGAAAGGAGACCAGUCGUUUUUUUUGUGUUAUUAGCUGAUUUCUGGACCAUUUUCCCCCUCACUUUUUGUAUGACCAUUGAAUUGCCUACUUGAAUGGUCAACUUAAAUAGAAACAAGAUGGAGAGCAAGGCUCUGAAAGUUGUCAACUUUUCCACUGUCAAAAUGAGUCAUGCUUUGUUUUAAUUGUUUUUAAAUACAUUUUUAAAUCAUAUUUUCGUUAUCCAUUUUUGAGAGCCUGUUUUAUCUCUAUAUUUUUGUUGGAGAUCAAGAUGUUUUCAUUAGGACAAAUGCACACUGGACUGCAGUGCUUUUCUAUCUGCUGCAGCAUUCAACCUUCCACAUUACUGUAGACUUCAGGAAGAACAUGCUUUUAGAUAUAAACAUCAAAUAAUUAGCAUAAGAUCCUCUGCUUGAAACAAUUACGGGAUGUGAAGUCUGAUUCUGUUCUCAACUUGUUGACCUGCCCUGAAGAUGUUGAACACCACUGUUACACCUUCAGCCAUUUAUUUUUUUCCUGUCAGUCGAUGGGCUGACUGACCUCAAGGCGCAGAAGGUGUUUUAAGGUAUAGGAGGAGGUCUGGUCAUCUAGUCUGGUGCAGUGGGGUGUUCCAGGUCCGCAACACUUGAGGAGAAAACUUCUUAAUCAUGAUAAGGUCCUCUGCUUGCCAUACUAGAGGGACAUAGUCUGUUUCCAUCCUCAACUUGCGGACCUGCCCUGAGGAUGUUUUACACCACUGUUGCGCCUUCAGCCAUGUUGAUUUCCGACUGGUUGUCUUUGGACUACAUGCCAUGGGCUGACUGACCUGAACCUUUACCAGAACAGAAAUACAAUGUUCAUCAGACUUUCCUCACAUUGGACUACUCUCUGAUUAGUUAUGAGGUCACAGGAAAUGGACUCAUUACUCAUAAAUCAUUGCAGCUCACUUGACUGCUUCUGACUGUGGGUAGCAGAGCUCUCUGGUGUUUCACCAUUUGAAAUUAAACAACAAAAAUGUAAAUGACCAUUGUUUUACACUUCCGACAUAUCGCAGCAGUAAGAGUAGUAUUCUACCCGACUCAUAUAAACAACAUCCUUGAGUGUUUCGUUGAUGAAUGUAUCUUUAUAAGAUUGUAUUCCUUUUUUACCUGUAAAAAACCUGUAGACAUGCAUGAUCCUGUAAAUAUUUUCAAGGAACAUAAAUCUCACUACUUGGUAUUUUUAUAUGGGGAUUGUGAAAAAUAUAUUUGUAAUGUACUUUUGUAUGUUAAUUGUAAAUCAAAAUAGUUUUCAUUGGACUAGUCCAUAAGAUUUUAGUCAGGAUUUGUUUGUCUUCACCAACUGUUCUUAAUUAUGCAACCUUUUUUGUCCAAUUAUCUCCACGUAAUACAGCCAUCUUUUCCAUUCUUGGUUA